CGGGGCUUCAAUGCGAAGGCGGAAGUUAGGGAUCGCUUUCGGAAGGACGUCCAAACAAACCGUAGCAUAGCCCGCUGAUAAACACGAAUAUUUUCGGACCAGUUUUUACAUGACUUGUACUAUUGUAAAUGUGUUUAUGCUGUUGCAUUAUAGAAGCCACACGUCGCAUCGAUUCGAAUUUGUUAUAAUGGUGUAGUCCGACUUUACCGCAGCGUGUCAAAUAAUAUGCUAAAGUCUGAACUGUAGAAUUGUAAGAAGGGACUGAUGUCGGCAAAAACGAACACCAGCAAAUGUAAAGAUAGCGGCGAAGUGGUAAAAAACUACCACAAGCAGGCGUUUGAGUAUAUAUCCAAAGCACUACGGAUUGACGAAGAUGAUACAGGAGAGAAGGAGGAGGCUCUGCAGUGGUACAAGAGGGGGAUUGUUGAGCUCGAAAGCGGCAUCGCAGUGACGAUAACAGGACAAGGAGAGCAGUAUGAGCGGGCCAAGAGACUUCAGGAUAAAAUGAUCACCAACCUCACCAUGGCUAAAGACAGACUUGCUCUUUUAGAGGCCACAUUGGCUUCUAAAGGCAGAGGUCAACCCCAAAAUGCGUCAAAUAAUGCUCAGAAACAAACAAAACCGCUUCCUAAAAGCGAGCCUAAGGUCCGAGGGAUGCCCAAAAAUAUCAGGCCCUCCACAGCAGGAAGACCACCUUGUAGAACCACUGAUUCAAAGGUAACCCCACAGGUGGUUAGACCUUCAAAACAGCCUCAUAAGAGGGAGCUGAAAAAUUUCAAGAAUGUGGACAGCAAAUUGGCAAAUAUGAUCCUGAAUGAAAUUGUAGACACUGCGAUGUCUGUAACAUUUAAUGAUAUUGCGGGCCAGGAUCUGGCCAAACAAGCACUCCAGGAGAUUGUCAUUCUUCCUGCCUUAAGACCAGAGCUUUUCACUGGCUUGAGAGCUCCAGCACGAGGUUUGCUCUUAUUUGGUCCACCUGGAAAUGGGAAAACCAUGCUGGCUAAAGCAGUUGCAGCAGAGUCAAACAGCACAUUCUUCAACAUGAGCGCAGCCAGUUUGACAUCUAAAUUUGUUGGAGAGAGCGAGAAGCUUGUCCGAGCAUUGUUUGCAGCUGCCAGGGAAUUACAGCCAUCUGUCAUCUUUAUUGAUGAAGUUGACAGCUUGCUUUCUGAAAGGCGGGAGGGUGAACAGGAGUUCUCCCGUCGUUUAAAAACUGAGUUCCUCAUUGAAUUUGAUGGGGUCCAAUCUGGAGGAGAUGACAGGGUGCUUGUCAUGGGAGCCACAAACAGACCUCAGGAGCUAGAUGAAGCAGUUUUAAGGCGCUUUGCAAAAAGGGUCUACGUGACGUUACCUGAUGAGAAGACAAGGUCCACGCUUCUGCAGCAUCUUUUAGCAAAGCAUGGGUGUCCGCUGAGGAAGAAUGAGUUGAGCUGUCUUGCAAAAGCAACUGCAGGAUAUUCUGGAAGUGAUCUGACAUCCUUGGCAAAAGAUGCUGCACUUGGGCCAAUUAGAGAAUUGGGACCAGAGCAAGUCCGGCACAUGGUUGCUAGUCAGAUGCGCAACAUCAAGAUGAAAGACUUUGAGGAUUCCCUGAAGCGCAUUAAGCCCAGCGUUAGCCCAGCAACUCUCAAUAUGUACAACCAAUGGAACAAAGACUUCGGUGACACAACCGCAUUUUGAAUUUAGUUCAGUUAUACAUUAGAAUGAAGGGUGGGAGGGCGGCUUUCCUUGAUAAAUACAAGAUGAUACUAACAACUGUGAUCGCUUGGCAAACCUUUCCUGUAUAAUAGCUAUUUGACUUGAAACACUGUUUGAAUUUCCAGUUUUUACGGGGAAACUGUAUUGAUGCAAUUUUCUAUGAAUUUCAAAUGAUGAUUAAUAAGCUUCACAGCACUGUUCUUGUAUAUUUUAUUCCCAAGAAUGUCCUGAAAAUUCCCUUUUUUUCCUGCCAGAAGAGGGCAGCACACUUAUGUAAUACCUUGAGUAGCUCAAUUCCAGAACAGUACUAGCAUGGUGUUUCAUCCAUUCAUCCAUCCAUCCAUUUUCCGUACUGCUUAUCCUCACUCGGGUUGCGGGCGUGCUGGAGCCUAUGGCACUUUACUUGCAUUAAAUAUGGCUGAACACGUGCUCUCCACAACUAGUGGAAGUCGUUGAAAAAUUUACUAGAAUGUUUUUCUGGAACGAAAUUUAUUUUUUUUCUCAUUUUUACAUCGAAUGAAGUUUUUGCUUUGUUGAAUUUUUCUUCUCAAUAUAUAUAUAUAUAUAUAUAUAUAUAUUACAAUUAGCGUAUCUCAAUUAACUGAAUCAAAUGUUCAGUCGUGUGUCCAACACAAACAUUUUAGCAUUACAAAUUCAAUGAUUGCAUUGCUGGUUGAAUCUGAGCUUCAGUCUUUUAGUGCGGGUGCUGCAGAUAUGUUUGGAGCUGUUCUCCAACUCUUCUCUGUGGUCUCGCUGCAUCUGGAAUCAACCCCAUUUAACAAGCAGCCGCAGAUGAGUGGAGUGCUGUGAAACUGAAAAUAAAUAGCCUCUGCUGCAAUGUUGGCCAUCACAUUGAAGAUUACGUGUCAAGAGUGUGGCGUGUGCAGGUUAAUGCAGAUACAUAUUAUGUGUGAGUAUUUUAAAGGACAGAUUACAGUGGUGAUAAGUGAAGUUAUGCACCUCUUUGGCCGAGACCUCAUGACCAGCCAAAAAGCUAACAACCAGUUUGGAGAUGAAGGUGCUUGUUUGCUUGUUAAGUGUUGUGGAAUAUUUUACUGGGAUGUAAUAAAUGUGUGUGGUCAUAGGUCUUUAUUUUAGUGCUACUUUUCCCGUCUUAAAACGUCAACCAAAUGUGACGUUAUUCCCACAGGCCUUCCGCUGGUCAGCCCGUGGUGUUACCUGUGGUUCGUGUGGUCCACAGCUGCAUCGUCUUCUUUGCAGAUGUUUACUCACUGUGCAAAAUGCAAGCAUUUUAUUUUGCCUAUUGAUUUAGUUUCAGCGCUGCACGGUAGACGACUGGUUAGCACAUCUCCCUCACAGUUCUGAGGACCAGGGUUCCAAUCCCGGCCCCGCCUGUGUGGAGUUUGCAUGUUCUCCCCGUACCUGGGUGGAUUUUCUCCUGCUACUCCGGUUCCCUCCCACAUCCCAAAAACAUGCAUGGUAGGUUGAUUGGAAACUCUAAAUUGCCCGUAGGUGUGAAUGUGUGCGCGAAUGGUUGUUUCUGUGUGCCCUGCGAUUGGCUAGCGACCAGUCCAGGGUGUACCUCGCCUUUCGCCCAAAGAUAGCUGGGAUAGGCUCCAGCACACCCGUGACCCUAGUGAGGAUAAAGCGGUACAGAAAAUGGAUGGGUGGAUGGAUUUAGUUUCACAAUGUUGUCAUCAGAUUAGUAUUUGCACUCUUCUGUUGCUUGUCAGAUGAAUUCAUGAAUAAGCUCUGGACCAGGUUCCCCUUGUAGUGUUUUUUUUUUUUUUAAAUAAAAAAAAAACAUGUCA